AUGAAGGAGGUUGGUAAGAUUCGUGAGGAGAUCGAGUUGUUGGAGUUCGAGGGUCACUUUGACACUGUAUAUGGGCAGAAUAUGGUUGCUCUUCGAAACGAUAAGAUAUGCUUCCCAAAGUAUAGAGAGUUGGACGUGGAGACCUACGAGUGGCUGCGAUGGUUAAUCAGUGAGAGACUGCAAGACCUGCCUUUCGAGCUCAACGCGAAGUUAUCGGGAGAGCACAAGACGCUUUUACAAAUUCAUACUCAGGUUCAAGUUGGUAUUUAUCCAUCGAGCAAAGGCUUCUAUAAGAGGCAUAUGGAUGGUGGGUAUGGAGAUAAGGAUGUUGGCAGGACCUUUACUGCUGUUGUAUUUAUGAACUCUGAAGGGGACUAUGUGGAUGGAGGAAGGGACGGUGGAGAGCUCGCACUGUAUAAAGAAGGACCUACUGAAUCAGCUGAAGAUGUAAGUAAGGAUCUCUCCAAUGGGAGGCAGGUUGGUGAUCUACAAGGCUAG